AUAAAUUUCAUAGGAAACAAUAACAACCCUACCCCGCCACUGCUGCUGCACCCGGUAGCCUAGAACCUUCCACCUCUCCUGCUUAACAAUCAAAUUACCCACAAUUUAGGGUUUUGUUAAGGUUUAAUCAAAGUCCCAACUCUUUCAUUCCCCCCCCCCCCCAAACUAUAAUCAAUUUUAUUUCGCUUCCGUUGUUACACACAGGGAGGGGCAGAUAGUAAGGUCGCAAAUGGUUGGGUCUAAUGGCGUUAGGCUUAUUCACUGCUUGCUUCGGCGCUCUCACUCACUUUCUUCUACCCUUUUUCACCACCCAAAUUCUACUCUGAUUUCUGGGGGUUCGAGGAGUUUCACAGCCGGACUUGGCAAUCCCGUUAACGUUAUUGGAGAACACACUCCUCAAUAUGCUAAAACUAGGAACUGCUUGGUUUUUGGACUUUUUAAUGUGAACUUGGGUGCAAAACGGCUAAUUCAUGGCACUGCUCCUUUGUCCGCUAGGGAUUAUUAUGAUACACUUGGUAUAAGCAAGAAUGCUACUGCAUCUGAAAUAAAGAAAGCUUAUUUUGGGCUUGCGAAAAAGCUCCAUCCAGAUGUAAAUAAAGAUGAUCCUGAAGCUGAGAAAAAAUUUCAAGAGGUUUCCAAGGCCUAUGAGGUUUUAAAAGACGAGAACAAGCGUGCAGAGUAUGAUCAGGUUGGCCAUGAAGCAUUUGAACAACAGCAAAAUAAUAGCGGCUUUAGCGAAGAGGAUUUCAAUCCAUUCAAAUUCCACAACUUUCAUGAUAUAUUCAACGUGCAGGAUAUAUUCAGAAAUCAAAUGGGUGGUGAAGAUAUCAAGGUUGCAAUUGAACUAUCUUUUAUGGAAGCUGUUCAAGGAUGUAGCAAAACGGUGACAUUUCAAGCUCCCGUGCUUUGUCAAGCUUGUGGUGGAGAAGGAGUUCCUCCUGGCGUGAAACCUGAAAGAUGCCGGCACUGUGGAGGCUCAGGCAUGUUAUCUAUCAACAAGGGCUUUAUGAGUAUUCGUUCUACUUGUCCUCAUUGUGGUGGAAGUGGUCAGUUUGUAUCGAAGCUUUGCAAGUCAUGCAAUGGAGCUAGGUUAGUGAAAGGACCAAAAACAGUCAAAUUGGACAUAAUGCCAGGAGUGGAUAACAAUGAAACAUUGAAGGUUUAUGGAAGUGGCGGAGCUGAUCCUGAUAGAACUCAUCCCGGGGAUCUUUAUGUAACCAUAAAGGUCCGGCAAGACCCAGUUUUUCGUAGAGAAGGUGCCAACAUUCACGUGGACGCUGUUUUGAGUGUUGUUCAGGCAAUCUUGGGAGGAACCAUCCAGGUCCCAACUCUUACCGGUGAUGUUGUGCUCAAGGUCCGUCCUGGCACUCAACCAGGCCAGAAGGUUGUUCUAAAGAAUAAAGGAAUUAAAACAAGGAACUCGUACUCAUUUGGUGAUCAAUAUGUGCAUUUCAAUGUUAGCAUCCCAAAGAACCUGACGGGAAGACAACGGGAAUUAAUAGAAGAGUUUGCUAGAGAGGAGCAAGGUGAAAGUGAUAAGCGUGCUGCUGGGGCAGCUGGCUGAAGAGGAGACCAGAAUGACCGUCAGUUUUUUUGCUGGGUUUUAUCACGAAGAUAAAGACGUUGAAUAUUAUUACUAGUAAUAGCACAAAUUUUGGAUUUGCUUUUCAUAUAUCGUACGUGUUUUAUUUUAUUUUUUUUCACUCAAACGAUGACAGUGAACCAUCAUUUUGAGACCAAUGGGUGAUAUUGUAUAUGAUUUGUUCAGGCAUAACAUACAAGAUGCCACUGCUGUAUUAUGGCGGAUUUCUGAGUGGUAUGCUGAAAGUUUAAUGAUAGCAUUGACCUUAGGUAUUGGGAGAAA